GCACGGCUUCUCGGGCAGCUCUGCUUAAACGCGUCGUCUACUUCCCAGUUCCGUUUACUCUUUCCGCCCCACUAGCGGGAGUACAGCCUACACCGCGCACUCAUUUGAACUGCGUUUAGUCUCUCAGUCCUGGGUGUAGUCUGCAGUUACCUCCUCUGUUCUCGCCCGUUUUGACAAGAGCGCUGAACCUCUUCUCGCGUUGUUUCAUCUCUGAAUCCGCCAGAACGCGUUUGACAGCGUCACCUGUUCAGCUCAGGGCUUCAGCACGGGGCUCUGCUUUUUAGGGUGGAAAAUGAAAUUCAAAGGGUACUUGAGGCUGCAGAUCAAGGAGGCGAUGGAUUUAAAACCCACGACCUUCUCCACGCGCCACACAUUCCACAAGAAACCGCAGCAGCUGGAUCCGUACAUAGUUGUGAAGGUGGACAACUUUAAAGUGGGACAGACGGCCACCAAGGCAAGGACCAACCGACCCACCUUUAACGAGGAGUUCUGCCCGUACGUGGUUGAAGGCAAAGAGCUGGAGCUCGCCGUCUUCCACGACACUCCGAUCGGCUACGACGACUUCGUAGCGAACUGCAGGAUCCAGCUGGAGGACCUUCUAACGUCAUCAAACACGAGACAGAGUUUUGAAGGAUGGGUUAAUCUGGAACCUGAAGGCAGUGUCUACAUCUACCUCUCUCUAACUGGUUCCUUUACUGAUGAUGAUUCUGUUGCAAAUGGUAUAAAGGUCCAUAAGGAGUUAAGCAGGAAACGACAGAGGGCUUUAAGAAGGAAGGUGCACCAAGUCAAUGGACACAAGUUCAUGGCCACCUUCCUAAAACAGCCUACAUUUUGCUGCCACUGCAAGAACUUCAUCUGGGGAGUUUUUGGAAAGCAGGGUUACCAAUGUCAAGUGUGCACCUGUGUGAUCCAUAAGAAAUGCCACCAUCUAGUUGUGAGUGAGUGUCCACGGAUGAAAAAAGAAGCAAGUGAGGUCCCAAGCCAAGGCUUUAGCAUCAACUUACCGCACCAAUUUAGAGUCCACAAUUAUAAAGUGCCCACCUACUGUAAUCAUUGUGGAUCGCUACUGUAUGGGCUGGUUAAACAGGGACUCCACUGCAAAGGCUGUAAGAUGAAUGUUCACAUCCGCUGUGAAGAAAACGUAGCCCCUAACUGUGGGGUAAACAGUGCAGAGCUGGCCAGCAAGUUAUCAGAGAUCGGUCUGCAGGCCGGCAGACUGUCAAAAAGAGGCUCUAAGACAAGCAUCACUUCUGUAAAAUCUUCAACAUCCAGUAUUAAGAUUAAAGGGAUGCCUGAUGUGACAGAGGAGGAUUAUGUGAAGGUGGGCCUAGAGGAUUUCACAUUCCUACAGGUGCUAGGAAAAGGCAGCUUUGGCAAGGUUAUGCUAGCACGCAUGAACAGCGGUGAGAGGGUGUUUGCGGUGAAGAUACUGAAAAAAGAUGUCAUACUGCAGGAUGAUGAUGUGGAUUCGACCAUGAUAGAGAAGAGAGUGCUAUCACUUGCCUACAAUCACCCAUAUCUCACCCACCUCCACUAUUGCUUCCAGACCACUGAUCGUUUGUUUUUUGUCAUGGAGUUUGUGAAUGGUGGUGACCUCAUGUUUCACAUACAAAAGUCUCGGCGGUUUGAUGAGGCUCGAGCUCGGUUCUAUGCUGCUGAGAUAACAUCUGCUCUUAUGUUCCUCCACUCCAAAGGCAUCAUCUACAGGGACCUGAAGCUGGAUAACGUGCUUUUGGACAAGGACGGCCACUGUAAACUGGCAGACUUCGGCAUGUGCAAGGAAGGGAUCCUUAAUGGUGUACAGACUGGCACUUUCUGUGGGACACCAGACUAUAUUGCACCAGAGAUCAUCCAGGAGGAACAAUACGGUGUGUCGGUGGACUGGUGGGCUAUGGGGGUGUUGCUGUAUGAGAUGCUUUCUGGGCACGCUCCGUUCGAGGCUGAGACAGAGGACGAGCUGUUUGAGUGCAUCCUCAGAGAUGAGGUGAUCUACUCAUCCUGGCUUAGCAACGAAGCAGAAGACAUCCUCAGAGGGUUCCUGACUAAAGAUCCUUCACAUCGGCUAGGCUGUACAGAGCGGGACAGAGUGGAGUCAGCCAUCACUGCUCACCCAUUCUUCAAAGAGGUGGACUGGGAGAAGCUGAGGAAAAGAGAACUGGAACCCCCCUUCAAACCACGAAUAAAAUCUUUGGAGGACGUGAACAAUUUUGACCCCGACUUCACCCAAGAGGAGCCCACACUGACCCCCAUUGAAGAAGCACUUAUCCCCCUCAACCAAGCAGACUUCAAACACUUUUCAUACACAGCUCCCGAGCACCGGCACAGUUAACAGACAAACUGCAUGCUGCCUCUUAUUUAUCACUGGAUCUUUAGUGUAAAUAUGCUACUCUUCCUUAUGUAAACUGUGACAAAAUGUUUCAUAAAUGUUUGUGGAGUUUACUCAAGCACACAGUUAUGCUCACUGCUAUCCAGACACAUAAGAAGCUUCCAAAAUAAAUAAGUCUUUCCAACAUUUGAAAA